UUCAGUUUAGUUAGCAUAUUUAUCAUGAUAUAAUCAUAAAUUUUUCCAUUUUUAAUUUAUUUUAAAUUUUGUAUAUUGAUAUACAUUUAUCGAAAUGCGCAAAAGUGCUUUGAAUCGCGUGUUUUAUCGUCGAAAUCCCUCUGAGGAUUUCGAUGGGCAGGACCGAGUCUCUGAACCUGAAGAUGAUUCCGAGCUCAUGCCGCCACCGCCAUUAGAGGGUCAUGUGGGCUCAUAUUUUAAUGUUGGCGGUUGGGCCAAGAAUUGCCUGAUAAGAGGCUAUAAAUAUGGUGUUUUUUAUAUGGAAUGCAACACUUGGACGAAUAAGGAUGUUGGACUCACCUCAUUCGGUUCAGCGUAUCCCGACUUCAAAGAUGUUUUCGGUGGUGUUGAGUUUCGCAAACAAUUCGGUCCGUAUCAUUUGUCCCAUAAUUGGCUUAGCAAUAACGAAUGGCUAUCAGAAGCGGGAGUGAAUACCCCACUGGCUGGAGGCACAUUUUCCGCCCUAUUAAGGGCGGCUUACUCAAAGCACGAAAAUUUUGAUAUUAAAGCAAAAGUAAAAGCGGGCUUGGAAAUCUCCCCCAUUAAAACGGAAAUCGUUCUCCCGGUUAUAAAUGAGCCCAAAUUAAUGGGUUAUUUUGUUGUUGCUCCUUCUACGAAUUGGUUAUUGGGAUAUCGCACAGUGUUUAAUCUGGAGGAUAAAGGAUUCGAUAAGCAUGCCUUUUGUUUAGGCUAUUACAAUGGCAGCUCCGAAGUCGGUCUUAAAUUGGAGAAUUUCCAGUAUGUACGUGGAUCUUUAUUCCAAAGGUUUGGCGAACGAUUUGCUGCUGCCAUAAAAACGGAUCUGUAUGGCGGUGGUGAGACAAGGAAAGUCGAUUUUGGCGGUCAGUAUAUGCUCGACAGCGGUUCGUUGGUUAAAGCCAAGAUCAAAGAGGAUUGCAGUAUCGGAUUGGUGUAUCAAUCAAAAUUGAGCGACAAUGUUGAAAUUAGUUAUCAUGUUGGAUUCGAUAGCACUUCGCCCAUCAACGGUAAUCAUAAACUUGGCGUAGCGUGGAUUCUAAAUUCUUAGUCUAACACACACACACAGAGAGUAAUGUAGAGGAAACCAGAUACAAUUAUUUACACAGAUCCUUUAUCUCUUCUCUACUCGAUUUUAAAAAUAAAUUUUACUUAAAGCAAUA